CGGAGGACCAGCCAGAGCUCUGACUGCUGGCAGCACUGCCCUCACACUGCGCCUUCUCAUCCACAAUGGCAUUCAGCGGCACCUGGCAGGUCUAUGCUCAAGAGAACUAUGAGGAAUUUCUGAAAGCUCUUGCACUGCCAGAAGACCUUAUCAAAGUGGCUCGAGAUAUUAAGCCCAUUGUUGAAAUACAACAAAAAGGAGAUGACUUUGUCGUGACAUCAAAAACACCCAAGCAAAGUGUGACUAACUCCUUUACACUUGGAAAAGAGGCUGACAUUACUACUAUGGAUGGCAAAAAGCUAAAGUGCACUGUGCAGUUGGUAAAUGGGAAACUUGUGUGCAAAUCAGAAAAAUUCUCACAUGAACAAGAAGUUAAAGGAAAUGAAAUGGUAGAGCUCGCGUACGAACGCAGCCCCUUAACGUGCUGACACACGGAGCCCGUGGGGAGCAGGGAGAGGCAGGGGCUGUUCCUUUUGUGUCUGUGGGUCUGAAAACCCCUCACCACAGCAGGUCGCAACACAGCCUUCAUGCUGCCUGAGGUAACGAAUUCAGCCACAGAAUGAGUUUAUCGGCACAACGACCAUUAAAUGUCAGCCACAGAA